CUUCCGCGGUGUAGGUAGACGUUGCUCCCGGUGGGGUUGCGCUGUGGGACUUUGGUUCAACUUUGUGAUGUCUUCCCCUGAAAUUGCUUCCCUUUCGUGGGGUCAGAUGAAGGUGAAAGGCUGCUCCACAACAUACAAGGACUGCAAAGUCUGGCCAGGAGGAAGCCGAACCUGGGACUGGCGAGAAACUGGGACUAAUCAUUCUCCAGGAGUGCAACCAGCUGACCUUGAAGAAGUCGUCAAGAAGGGUGUUAAAACUGUGGUGAUUGGUCGUGGCAUGAGUGAGGCUUUGCAGGUUCCAGCAUCCACUGUGGACUAUCUGAAGAACAAUGGGAUCGAUGUGUUGGUGUUGCAAACAGAGAAGGCUGUGGAGCAGUACAACGCCUUGGCUACCCAGGGUGUCAAAGUAGGGGGGGUCUUCCAUUCAACCUGCUGACUCCAGGCAGCUCCUUGACCACACAAAUCACAGGCACAUCCCUCCACUGCAUCAAAUUACAGGCAAUAGAGUGUGGAGUUCUAUGCCAAGGUAUUUGUGCCCUGACAGUCUGAAAUGCAAAGGCAGUUUAUUAGAUUGAAACAAAUUAAGUGCUUAUAAAAAGGGGUUUGGUAAUGAAAUCAUGGAAUGAUACAACCAUUUCCAUACGUUCUUGAGACUGAUCUAACCUGAACACUGUCAUAUUUUGGUUACUUAGCUUUUCACCUGUUUGCUAAAUUAAAAUACUAAGUUUUGAAUACUUUUAGUAGGAGAUUACAUUAUUGGCUACUGGAGUGCAGCCAUAGGAUAGCUGACGGGUACAACCAAGUGGGUAUGAAGGUAAAACUUCAUACAACUGAGUUAAAACAUAAACGAAAAGCAAACCCAGAACAUACAGCUUUGCCUCCUGCUGGUGACUUCAGUCGGGAUGUUGGCUCAUUCAUGACCAUCACGUAAUUUAACACAAAGAUUUUACACUGAGCUUGAAAAAGGAAUAAAAAAUAAAGUUUACAGGGAAUCAACA